CGAAGUGGCGAGUUUCGUUUGACGCCACGCCUCUGCGUGAAGAAUGUCAGAGUCAGAUUGAAGCAAGUUGGAGGACUACGCCUUGUACAUUUGGCAUAAUUUAGCACGAAUACAAGUAGAAAUGGCUUAUCAUAACCAGUACCGACCUCCGCACUAUAACAGCCCACCGGACCAAGCGUUUCUGUGGAAUAUAUUUCAGAGAGUGGACAAAGACAGGAGUGGAGCAAUAUCAGACACAGAGCUUCAGCAAGCUUUAUCAAAUGGCACAUGGACACCAUUCAAUCCUGUGACUGUUAGAUCAAUUAUAUCUAUGUUUGACAGAGAGAACAAAGGUGGGGUGAACUUCAAUGAAUUCGCCGGUGUAUGGAAGUAUAUCACUGACUGGCAGAACAUCUUCCGCACCUAUGACCGCGACAACUCAGGGUUCAUUGACAAGAAUGAGCUAAAACAGGCUCUUACUGGCUUUGGAUAUCGUCUCUCAGAUCAGUUCUAUAACACGCUGAUAGAGAAGUUUGACCGGCAGAGGAAAGGUCAGGUGGCCUUUGAUGACUUCAUACAAUGCUGCAUCGUACUACAGAGGUUAACGGACGUGUUCAGGCGAUACGAUACAGAUCAGGAUGGCUGGAUCCAAGUCUCUUAUGAGCAGUAUCUCUCUAUGGUCUUCAACAUCGUAUAGCACAGCAGUGAGAACCGCACAAACUAGUGCCAAACACAAAAUCUCUUCCCCAUAUAGUCUUCCAUCAGAGACACCACACACUCCCCUCUGAAGGAGAUUUAGGGGACAGAGUAUUAAGACUUCAACUUACAGAUUUAUGUCUUUGUCUGUCUGUCAGUCUGUGGUCAUAUUUCUUUAUGAUGUUAAGUGUAAUCAUUUAAAAAAGCAAAGAAUAUUCAUCUCCUUUACAUUAAGGAAAGUUUGCAUUGUAUAUAUCAUUAAGGAUCAGAUGCAUGCUUUCUAAUGUACUUCCUUACUGUUCAAGCAUGAACUAAUUUUGUUCUCCGUUUUGCUGAAGCCAUGUUUACAAAGUCAAUAAGUACUUGCUUUGGAUUCACUGACAUGAACUAAUGCCAUAUUUGUAAGGAACUGUUUUUAAUCUGCAUAUGAACAUGCAGAAAGUUUAGCUUUUUAUUCAAGGUAGGAGGAACAUGUGCUUGUGUUUUGCAUGAUGCUUUACAACUGCAAAAUGGAAACUUUUAUUAAAAAAAGAUUUAAAAUCUGA